UACCUUAAAAAAGAUCGCCACUUUCACAAUGAGCCGACCUUUUUCAUUCGCUCUCAUCUUCUACCUCUUCUUCCUUCAUCACCAUCUUCUUGCAGCUUCUCAAUUUGAAGGAUUCGAUGCUGAAGACGACGAUGUCUCCGACGAUUCCUCUCACCUUCACCACUCCCUCCCUCCUCCUCUUAUCACUCAGUCUCACUCAUCACUCCCCGAUCUUGAGCUGGAACCUGAACCAACUGAAUCUGACUCCGAUCUUAUACCUGAAUCAGACCCCGAGCCUCAAUCCACGCCAUUUGAAUAUUGGGAUGAAGACGAGUUCGAAGGACUACCAGUGGAGAUUGAGACACUUGAAUCACCAUUGAUUACAGAAAAUGCUGAUUCGAAGACGUUGGAUCUCAAUACUUCUUCGGAAGCUCAAGAUACUACUGAUCCGAUGAUAAAGAAGACGACCAAGUCGUACGCGGUGGAGAUCGGUUGCGUCUGUUUCUUACUCGCUCUCUCGAUCAACUACUUCGUUGGUAAACGUGAGAACGAGAGUCUCGCUUUAGCUUGGGCGGCUAAAUUCGCUUCCAAGGAUACAAUAUUCCAGAAGAAUUUCAGUUUGCUUGGAGUUGGGGAAGGAGAGGAUUCGCCAUUGUUGUUGAAAGAAGCGUUGAAUGUGUUCAAAUACUACGCCAGUGGUCGUAGGUAUUGCCAUGGAUUGCUGGCUACUAUAGAGCUUAAGAGUAGACACGAUCUGACCUCUAGGCUUUUUAACUUGGUGGUUCCUUGUAAAGAUGAGAUCACUUUUGAGGUUUAUAUGAAUGAAGAAACUAUGGAUCAUGUUGUGUUUGCUAUGGCGAGGAAGAAGGCCGCGAAAACGAUGCAAAAGGAGUUGAGGGAUUUGCAGAAAUUUGCUGGGAUUGUGUCUCCUCCUGCUGGGAGGAAAUGGGUGUCGGAGGAGUUUGCUGUGAUCUCUGAAUCCAAGGAAGUAGCUGCAGAUAUGGUCACAGACGUUGUGCUUGAUCAGGUUUUUGGUGACAAGGCUGCGGAUAAGUAUGGGAAGAAUUUCAUGUCGAUGCAUAUCUCUGACCAACACCCUGGCAAGCACAAGAAGAUGUUGCUUUUCAGGUUUUCCUUACCCGAUGCUAAACAUAUGGAUGAUAUCGUCCGGUUGGUGGCGCUAAUCCCAUAUUACAUCGACUUAGUAGGACGAUACAGACUCAGCUCCCAGGCCCGGAACAAAACUGAGAGUGGUAGGCAAAAGGCAGCAGAGGAAGCAUACAAGGAGCUUCAUAACGCGAGGCAAGAGGCAUUGCAGAAGAAAAAAGCAGAAAAGAAGAAAAUGAUGGAGGAAGCCGAGGCAAAGCUGAGUGCAGAAGUGAUAAGGAAGAAAGAGGCAAAAGAAAGAGCAAGGCAGGUGAAAAAGGCAAUGCCAAAAAUGAAGAUGAGCCGUAGUCACUAGCUACAAGUUUAUCAAAGAGUCCAAAAUUUAUUCGUUAAAAUCACUCUCCAAACUAAAACAGCAUAGUAAACAUUGGCGCGUUGUUUACUCGUGUGGCCUCUAUUGCUUCAUUAAUAUUCUUCCUUAAAGUUCCAUUUUUGACUGAUAAUGGAGUUUUUUAAUGUUGAGGUGGAAAACCAUGUGAUAGGAUUGAUGGCAAAUGGUAAAUUGUAUUUACACUCAACAAAACAGCUCUUGCAAUCAUGUUAGCUUCCCUAAA